UGGUCGACCUCACGUCUUGGGAUAGCGCCGACCACAUCAUUCUUUUCGCGCGAAAGCGCUCAACACUCGACCCGAGCGAACAGCCUACAACACCCUCCAACCAUGUCGUUCUUCGGCUUCGAUUCCACCCUCCCACGGGACCGCACCCAGCAGUCCAAUUCGAGGGGAAUGUUCGACAGCCACGAUCCUUUCGCCGGCCUGAGCAGAGGUGCUGAGGAGGAUGAGGACGAGGUUCUCGAUUUCGAGCAGACCUACGAUGGCUUGGGUCAGCAUUUGCAAGAGUCGGGAGACACGUUCAACGAUGACACCUUUGGUGGAGAUGAGCCAGUCACUCGCGAAGCUGUUGGCAGGGACUUUGACUUUGCUGGCAAGACGGCGAAUAUGCGGGAUAGUCUCUUGGAGGAGCAGGUCUUGCAUCACGCCCGAGAGCCGAUGCAAUUCUCUCGUGCGCCGUCCAAGCCUGCUAGAACUGGAUAUGAGGCGUACAAGCAGCCGGAGUACAUUCCCAAAUUGGAGGCUGAUGCUUCGAUCUGGGGCAAUGCCAUUGGUAAAAGGCAGGCUGAGCCUCAGCAACAGCAGCAGCAGCAGGCUUCUAAGAUGAUGAGCUUGGACGAAGUCGAAGCUAUGAUGCGCGCCCAGUCUCGCCCAACGCCUCCAGCUCAGCCUCAGCAGUUCGAGCAGAGGGCACCACAGAUCUUGCAGCGACCUCAGCAGCCACCACAACAAAUGCCGCAGCAGCUUCCACCGCAUCUCAGAGCGCCACACCAGCAGCAACAAGGACAGCAACCUCCUGGCAAUGGCAAUAUCCGACCUCUCUCGCAGGACUUCCAAGGUCAGCCACCGCAGCCAAUGCAGCAGUUCCAGCGUCCUCCCGGCAUGCCAAUGGGACCCCCACCGCCUCACAUGCAGCAGCAGCAGAUGGGACAUCAACGUGGACCAUCCUACAACGGCCCACCAGUCACCCGUGCCCAGCAAUUGAUGCAAUUGUCGCCCGAGGAACGCGAGGCCUACCUUGCAGAGGAAGCCAAACGCGCCAAGCGGAACCACAAGAUCCAUCUGCUGAGCAAGAACAACGGCCUCAUGACGCCGCAGGACAAGAAUUUCAUAACGCGAAUUCAACUCCAGCAGCUCUUGACCGCCACCGGUGGUGUUGACAAUGAGCCGGGUAGUGAAGAGCAGCUUGCCGAGGACUUCUACUACCAAGUGUACGCUCAGAUUCGCGGACCACCUCGCAGCGGACCAGGUCAGCCACUCAACCAGUUUGCUCAGACCUACCUCUUCCAGACAGGCAGCCGUUACGGUUAUGGCCGCAGUCGCCAUCACCCAAGAGGUGGUGACAACCAUGUCCAGCGGAUGGAGCAGCAAGUCGCACGAGCAGUUCAGGCAGCUAAGGACCGUCCGAAGAACAAGUCACUGGUGGUUGAGGGGUCACUCGGCAAGAUCGCUUUCAGCAAUUCCAAGACACCACGACCGCUCCUCAACAUCAAGCGCCCGGAAACCGACACCAGAAUGAGACAGCCACCCAAGCCGGCAGACCGCAAGACUGCUCUGCGGGAUAUUGAACAUCUCUACUCGACAUUGAUGAGACUUGAGGAUCAUGAACGCCGCAGCCCGCCGCCACCAAACGAGGAGAGCCCAGCAGACGUCAUUGAAGGACAUAUGAGAUGGCGCAGUGGGCUGCAGGAGCUCAACCAGCAAUUGUGGGAGGCCAUGAAAGUCAUGGAGCCCAUCCAGUCCAACCCCACAGCGCCGCACCCCUUCAUCCAGCUUCUCUCCCACAGCAAAGGCAAGAAAGUCAUCCCGCGCACCUUCCGCCACCUAGACGAUAAUCAACGCCUCACGAUGCUCACCCUCAUUGCAAUCCACCUCGACGUCCUCGACGUCAUCCGCGAAGCCUACCCACCCGCUGACAACUCCUCCAUUCCCGCCCGCGUCAAAGAAGAAGUCGAACUCUUCGCCACCAUGUUGAUGCCCGCUCUAUUCUCCUACGUCAACGAAGCGCCCCUGAACAUCAUCAUCGGCCUCCUCGGUCUCGUCCUCGACCGCGUCAAUGUACAAGCCAUCGCGCGGACCAAAAUUGGCGUCUCCAUCCUCACCAUGCUCAUCUCCCGCGCGGAACUCGUGCGUCAACAACCCGCCGCCAACGAAGACUGGACACAAUGGGCGGACUUGUAUUCCCGACUCUUCGACACCAUCGAGCCGGUGCUGCCAUAUGUGUUCCCGACGGAUACGAACGUUUCGGCGAGUGAGGAUGUGCAUGUAUGGCAAUUUUUGGCGGCGAUGGGAGUUGGUGCGACUCCGGAUCAGCAGCAGAGAUUGGUGCUGGGAGUGAAGGAUCGGGUUAUGGAGACUGUGGCGGUUAGUAAGACGUUGCCCGAGGAGAUGAGUCGGAAGAGGUUGGGUGAUGUGAAUUUGUUCAUGAGGGCUAUUGGGUUGGACGUGGAGUUGUUGGGUUAA